UUCCCAUUACCAUCUUACUAAUUGCCAUACCCUACCUCACGCGCUACCUAGCAUCUACCCAUCUUUCCACCCGCAAAACUCUCAAAACCCCUUCAUCCUUGCAAUCACUGUCUCCACCUCUCCAAAACAAUCCAGAAAGUUUUAUUAUUCAAAUGUCAAGCUUAGAUGCGACGCCGUUUCUCUCUCCGUCGUCGGGUACAUCCGAGUUACCACCCACCAUGCGAGCUCAAGGGCUCCGACACGCUGCCCGUAUGAUAAGACGGGCAAGCAGUGGAAGAAGGUCCAUGAGAGGUGCAUCUGUUGCUGUAAGAGAAACGGCUGCUCAGGAACUUGAAGAACGACAGAUUGAUUGGGCUUAUUCUUCUCCUGUUGUUGUACUUGAUGCUGCUUGGAAUUCUGCUUUUGUUUUCGCUGCUUGUGUUGCGUUGAUUUUAACAUGGGAUGAUUCUCCUAGGCUUCCUCUUAGGUUUUGGGUUAUGGGUUAUGCUCUUCAGUGCCUUUUUCAUGUUUUGUGUGUUUUUGUUGAGUUUCGAAGGAGGAGGAGAGUUAGAAUUGCUCUUGAAAAUGGUCGUCUUGAUUACUUUGAAGAUUCCAGUAUCAUGGUAAAGCAUUUGGAAUCAGCAAAUACAAUGUUUUCCUUUAUCUGGUGGAUACUUGGAUUUUAUUGGAUUUGUGUGGGCGGCCAGGCCUUGCAGCAUGACUCUCCCACUCUCUAUUGGCUUUGUAUAGCAUUCUUGGUUCUUGAUCUGUUCUUUGUCAUCUUCUGUGUGGCCUUGGCAUCUGUAAUUGCGGCAGCUGUUUGUUGUUGCCUCCCAUGUAUUAUUGCCAUUUUAUAUGUUUUGGCAGAUCGGAGGGGAGCAUCCAAAGAAGACAUUGACAACCUAGCAAAGUAUACAUUCCACAGGAGUGAUAGUCUUGAGAAAACUAAUGAAGAGGCUGAAGAACCAUGUGGAGGAAUAAUGAAGGAGUGUGGAACUGAUAGCCCUACUGAGCGUGCAUUAUCAGCAGAAGAUGCUGAGUGUUGCAUUUGUCUAUCUAUAUAUCAAGACGGCGUUGAGCUUAGAGAGCUUCCUUGCGGUCACCAUUUCCAUUGCUCUUGUGUGGACAAAUGGCUACAUAUCAACUCCACCUGCCCGCUUUGCAAGUUUGAUAUAAACAACCGUUUUAGUCGAGAUGAAGUUUAGAUGUUAUAGGAGUGAAUAUUUCAUUUACACGUUCUGCUAUUCAUUGCAUUUGGCAAGUAAAUAUGCAUAUGUAAAUGCAUGUAUAUGUUGACUAUUGUUAUUUAGGCGAGCCUACAAGUGCGCAAGCAAAUGAACAUAUAUAUAUAUAUAUAUAUAUGUAUAUAUAGUUUUAGUGUAAACGAGGUUACAAGGCUUGCUUCUAUGCCAUCCGAGCUAUUGCUCUAUCGCUUCAGCUUUUAAGAA